CACCGUUCCACUGGCAGCCAUUUCUUGGUGUUGGUGUCGUGUGCUUGAACAGGAAAACAGUUAAACUUACAUUGGAUCGUUUUGUUUGAGUUUUGCUUCUGCCGAUUUCUGUUUUCUGCACAUCAGUUCUUUCUCAUAUCCAAGGAAUACCUAUAAUCUUCACAUAUUAGAGGUUGGCAGCAACACAAGAGGCAGCGGCGCAGCAUGCCGAGGAGGAAGAGCGAGGCCAUUGGAGCGAAAGGGUCCUAGGACCUAGUCACUUGCCCGCUAUAACUGUGGGCUUCGCCGUCCCGUUCUUCUCUCCUCGACCGAGGAAGCGAAAGGAACAACAGAUCCACCGGAGACGGAGACGGGUCACCUUCCAGUAGAAUUGGAAUGGGCUCAAAAAGACCCAUUUCUAACAUGGCGACCGCUUCAUCAGGAUCGGGACCCACCUCGCUCUUCAUUCUCACAGAAAAGAACAUCAUACGCCGUUACACCAGAUUCAUCAUCGAGUGGCCUCCGUUUGAGUAUGCAGUGCUGUUGACCAUCAUAGCCAACUGUGUUGUUCUGGCUCUGGAGGAGCAUCUACCUGGAGGCGAUAAAACACCCUUAGCUCGGAAAUUGGAGAAAACAGAGCCGUAUUUUUUGGGCAUUUUUUGUGUAGAAUCCACUUUGAAAAUUUUAGCUCUUGGUUUCGCCCUGCACCGCGGAUCGUACUUGAGAAACAUUUGGAACAUGAUGGAUUUCGUCGUCGUCGUCACAGGAUUUGUGACGCUGUUCGCACAAGAUGAACUGGACGUCGAUUUGCGCACCCUCCGUGCCAUACGCGUCCUCCGACCACUCAAACUUGUGUCCGGCAUUCCCAGUUUGCAAGUGGUGCUCAAGUCUAUCAUCAAAGCCAUGGCCCCUUUACUUCAAAUUGGACUGCUGGUGCUCUUUGCUAUCGUCAUCUUUGCCAUUAUCGGUCUCGAAUUUUAUUCUGGAGCACUUCACAAAACGUGCUACAGCAUUGAAGAUUUGAAUGAGAUUCUGGCGGAAGGCGAGUUGGCGACGCCGUGUAACACCGAUAACGCAACGCAGGCAGUCGCGGGCAGUUAUAUAUGCGAUUACAAUUCAUCGCUGUGCCUGGAGAAGUGGGAGGGCCCUAAUUUUGGCAUUACGUCCUUUGACAAUAUUGGAUUCGCCAUGUUAACUGUGUUUCAGUGUAUCACUAUGGAGGGUUGGACUUCUAUACUUUAUUGGACCAACGAUGCCCUGGGCAGUUCGUACAACUGGGUGUAUUUUGUUCCUCUCAUCGUCAUCGGAUCAUUUUUCAUGCUCAAUCUAGUACUCGGUGUACUUAGCGGGGAAUUUGCCAAGGAAAGAGAGCGCGUAGAAAAUAGGCAAGCUUUCUUGAAAUUGCGCCGUCAGCAACAACUAGAGCGCGAACUCAACGGCUACGUUGAAUGGAUCUGCAAAGCAGAGGAGGUCAUUUUAGCCGAAGAGAGAACGACGGAAGAGGAGAAACUCCACAUCAUGGAAGCAAGGAGAAGAGCGGCGGCGAAGCGGAAAAAGUUGAAGCACUUGGGUAAGAGCCGAAGCACCGAUACUGAAGACGAGGAAAACGAAGAUGAACCCGACGAAGUGCCUAAGAAAAAAGGGUUUAAAGGUUUCUCUCGUGCCUCCUAUCUCAAAUCUAAAGUGAAAAACAAAGGAGCCUGCAAGCGAUUUUGGAGAGCCGAAAAAAGAUUACGGUUCAAAAUCCGGCAUACGGUAAAACAACAAUGGUUUUACUGGUUCGUGAUUGUGUUAGUGUUUUUCAACACGGUUUGCGUGGCUGUGGAACACUACAAUCAGCCUCCGUGGCUGACCGAGUUCUUGUACUACGCUGAAUUUGCCUUUUUGGGUUUGUUCAUGACUGAAAUGUGCAUCAAAAUGUAUGCACUGGGUCCGAGGAUUUACUUUGAAUCCGCGUUCAACCGCUUCGAUUGCGUCGUCAUCAGCGGUUCGAUUUUCGAAGUGAUUUGGUCCGCAUUCAAGUCGGGUUCAUUUGGUCUCUCUGUACUCAGAGCGCUUCGAUUGCUCCGGGUCUUCAAAGUCACCAAGUACUGGUCGUCGCUGAGGAACUUGGUGAUUUCCUUGCUGAGUUCGAUGCGCUCUAUUCUUUCCCUUCUGUUUCUACUCUUCUUGUUCAUUCUCAUCUUCGCUUUAUUGGGAAUGCAACUCUUUGGAGGAGCUUUUAAUUUUCCAGAAGGUACACCGCCAGCGAAUUUCAACAGCUUUCCCAUUGCCUUGCUCACCGUUUUCCAGAUAUUGACGGGUGAGGAUUGGAAUGAAGUCAUGUACCAAGGUAUCGAGUCGCAGGGAGGAUCGCGACGGGGAAUGAUCUACUCCCUUUAUUUCAUCAUCCUUGUCCUCUUCGGCAAUUACACUCUACUCAACGUCUUUUUGGCCAUCGCCGUCGACAAUUUGGCGAACGCUCAAGAACUGACGGCCGCCGAGGAAGAGCAAGAAGAGGAGGAUAAAGAGAAACAGCAGCAGGAGUUAGAGAAGGAGAUGGAAGCACUUCACUUGGGCAGCGAAGGCUCGCCAAAACUGGACUCGACAUCCCCAUCUAAAAAAGGAAAAGGCAAACGGGGACACAAGUCCGAGGGAAAUGGUGACGCUAAGACUGGAGACAAUGUCGAUGACGACGACAUUAUGGGGCCCAAACCAAUGCUGCCUUACUCCUCCAUGUUUAUAUUGUCUCCAACGAAUCCGGUCCGGCGCGCUGCUCACUGGGUGGUGAACCUGCCUUACUUCGAUUUUUUUAUCAUGGUAGUCAUCAGUUUGAGUAGCAUCGCUCUCGCCGCUGAAGAUCCGGUGGAAGAGGGAAGCUUCCGAAACGACAUUCUCAAUUACUUCGAUUACGCAUUUACCGGCGUAUUUACUGUCGAAAUGGUUCUUAAGGUGAUAGAUUCUGGCAUAAUACUUCAUCCAGGCAGCUAUUUGCGAGAAAUUUGGAACGUCAUGGAUGCAGUUGUGGUCAUAUGCGCUGCAGUAUCCUUCACGUUCGAUAUGAUGGGAAGCUCGACUGGUCAGAAUUUGAGCACCAUCAAGUCGCUGCGAGUGCUGCGCGUGCUGCGACCCCUCAAAACUAUCAAACGUGUGCCGAAGCUAAAAGCCGUCUUCGACUGUGUAGUCAACUCGCUAAAGAACGUCUUCAAUAUCCUCAUCGUUUACAUGCUCUUCCAUUUCAUUUUCGCUGUUGUCGCCGUCCAACUUUUCAACGGCAAAUUCUUUUACUGCACCGAUGACAGCAAGCACACUCAGGACGAUUGCCAGGGGGAUUACUUCACGUUUUCCUACGAUAAGCGGCCACCGGAAGUCAAGCGGCGUGAGUGGAAAUCGCAGCUAUUUCAUUACGACAACGUGAUGGCAGCCAUGUUGACCUUGUUUGCUGUCCAAACGGGCGAAGGAUGGCCCCAAGUGCUGCAGAAUUCGAUGGCCGCUACCCAGGAAGACCACGGCCCCAUCCUUCACUAUCGGAUCGAAAUGUCCAUUUUCUACAUCGUCUACUUCAUCGUUUUCCCUUUCUUUUUCGUCAACAUCUUCGUAGCUCUCAUUAUUAUCACCUUCCAGGAACAGGGUGAGGCUGAACUUCAAGAUGGAGAAAUAGACAAAAAUCAGAAAUCGUGCAUCGAUUUCGCCAUCCAAGCCAAGCCGCUGGAGCGUUACAUGCCCAAAGAUCGCGAGAGCUUCAAGUACAAGAUCUGGCGGGUGGUCGUGUCGACUCCGUUCGAGUAUUUCAUCAUGACGCUCAUCGUCCUCAACACGCUGCUCCUCAUGAUGAAGUACUACAAGCAGAGCGUCCUGUACAAGGAGACGCUACAUUACAUGAAUACAGCCUUCACCGCACUGUUUAGCAUUGAGUGUAUGCUAAAAAUCAUCUCGUUUGGAGUGAGGAAUUUUUUCAAAGACCCUUGGAACACGUUCGAUUUCGUGACUGUCGUCGGCAGCAUUAUUGACGCACUCGUCGUCGAAUUCGGGGAAAAUUUCAUCAACGUCGGUUUUCUACGGUUAUUCCGAGCAGCCCGUUUGAUCAAACUUCUCCGCCAAGGCUAUACAAUCCGCAUUCUUUUAUGGACGUUUGUACAGUCGUUCAAGGCUUUGCCUUACGUAUGCUUGUUAAUAGCCAUGUUGUUUUUCAUCUACGCCAUCAUCGGCAUGCAGGUGUUUGGUAACAUAUUGCUGGAACCCGGAACGACGCACAUUCAUCGCCAUAACAAUUUUCGCAGCUUUAUUCAAGGCUUGAUGUUGCUUUUCAGGUGUGCGACAGGUGAAGCGUGGCCCAAUAUCAUGUUGUCGUGCAUCCGUGGUCGCCAGUGCGAUCCCAGAGCCCUGAAAUUCGAGAAUGGCCAGGUCAUCGAGGACAAGGAGUGCGGCUCUAAUCUGGCCUAUGCUUACUUCGUCUCUUUUAUCUUCUUUUGUUCAUUUCUGAUGUUGAAUUUAUUCGUGGCCGUUAUUAUGGACAACUUUGAUUACCUUACGCGCGACUCUUCCAUUCUUGGCGCUCACCAUUUGGAUGAGUUUAUCCGCAUCUGGGCCGAAUACGACCCGAACGCAACCGGGAAAAUCCUUUACACGGAAAUGUUUGACAUGUUAAAAAAUAUGGAUCCACCACUCGGCUUUGGCAAUAAGUGCCCCUAUCGCCUUGCUUACAAAAAACUUAUUCGUAUGAACAUGCCAGUGGAUGUCGACGGGAAGGUUCAAUUCACCUCAACGCUUUUUGCACUCAUCCGCGAGAAUCUCAGCAUCAAAAUGAGACCUGCUGAUGAAAUGGACGAAGCGAACCAAGAGCUCCGGGUUACUAUCAAGAAAAUCUGGCCACUGCAAGCUAAAAAAGUUCUUGACUUGAUCAUUCCACCGGAUAAUGAACUUAAUACGGGGAAGUUGACAGUUGGUAAGAUCUAUGGCGGCUUGCUCAUUCUGGAAAACUGGAAGACGACUCGAUUUGGACAAAUUGAAGCUUCUGCGUCGACGAAACAGUCGCUCUUCGAACGCUUAAUGGGAAGUAUGGCCCGCACGGGCAGCAACAAAGGCUCGCUAAGUCACCCUCAUUCCCAUUCUCACCCUAAUUCCAACUCCGGUUCCACCACCUUGGCAAACCACGGCAGCGGCGGAAUUCACCAAGAGGAGAAAGAGGCUAGCACGGUAAUCGAUCUCAUUCCGGGAGCCCCCGCCCCCGAUCGCUUCGCCGCAGUUUUCUCCAACCAGCCUAAUUCCUCAAGCUCUAACAAGGCCCUGGAGAUACUGACGGAUCAACUCGAUCACCAGCACGAUUCACGGCCGCCGUCGGUUGAAUCCGCAAGCAAAGUCAUGCACCGACUCAAGCCUGAGGGUGAGGCUGGCAUGCACCGACCAAACAGCAGGGCCUGGUCACCUUCACCUUGCGCUUUGCGACGAUCUCACUCUCCACAACCUCACUACAGGAGAGACAUGUCUCCUUUGCCUCCACGGCGGGCGCACGAUAUUGGUUUCAGCGAUGCUGUUUCGGACGUGGUCGACAUUGUCAAACACGAAACGAGUCGCAAGGGACGAGCGAGAGCCAAACUGCGCGGCGACGAGUACAGCCUUUCCCGCUGCCGAACGCCCACACGCCAGGAGAGACACGUUCGCUCUCGGAUGAUUCAUCCUUCGAUGGUUUCGGAAUAUGACAGACGUCAUUAUCGAUCUGCGUCAAAUAGUCCCGACCAUUUCGGGGACGAAAGAGUUUCACCCGUCCCUAGCCCAAUGCCGGCUCGUUUGCCGUCGAUACCUGUCAAACGAGGUUAUCGCUCAGCCACCAAUAGUCUGGAAGAGAAUCUUUCAAGGAGUCCAACGCCUGAGAAUCUUCCCUCUUGUAGCAACAAUCAUGGUUUGGUGAAAGAAGGAAGUUUGAGUCAGCAUAGUUAUCCGACCUUACCCCAACGUCGUAGUGGUGGCAGACGGUUGCCACCGACUCCGAGAAAUCCUUCGACGUUGAACUUUGGAGUUGUUGGAGCCGUUGUCAUGGCUACUCAACGUGCACCGCAUUCGCCGACGUCUGCUCAUCUAGGUGGAGUGAUGGGACCUGGUGGGACCAUCAACUUUCCCAAACUAAGUCCUUCACCAACUCAUCCUUCUCGAACUCAUCAUUUGCCAGCCAUUCCAAGUGGACAGGUGGGCCGAUUGCGAGAUCGCUUACCCACAUUGCCGGGAGCGUCUCAUCCAAGAUCAAAUAAUUGUGGAUUGCCCGUUGGCAAUGACGACGAAGAAGACUACAUGCCAGCACUUCGUAUCGAACCGCUAAGUUUCGAACAGGCUCUAGCCAUGGGUAGAGGUGUGGGUGGGGUUGGUCGGCAACUGCCAAACGGCUACAAACCCGGCCAGCAAGGUGUCAGUGUUGAUUCGCAAUUGACGUCGGGUGAUCGCAGACUGGUUGAUCGGCCUCCGUUGAAUCAGCGAACAUUAUCCAAUCGCCCUCUCCAACAUCGAGCAGACGAGGGGCGCAGUGAUUCAGACGAGGACGAUUGGUGUUAAAGCACAUCGCCACAGCUUGACAUUUUUGAACAAGACAAAUACAAAAUUCAGAUAUACCAACCAUCGAGUUGAUUGGCAAUCUUGAGUCAUCCAUGCUGUUUGUUUUCUUCGCGCUUCAACCCCUCCCCCCUCACAUCUCAAUCCAUUUCUUCAAUCCUAUUCGAUUGGUCCACAACGGCCCCACUGUCCGACUAGGUCAAAGCUAAAAAAAAAAUAAAAAAAAAAAUAAAUAAAAAUAGCCUGACCCGUCAAGAGCCUGUGCCUAACCAAACCCCCCAUCGCCUGAUAAACUUGAGGCCAAUAUGUCUGUAUCGUUGGUGUCGUCAGAGCUGGUGCGUUUGUAUCGGUCAGUCGUUUAAUGAAGUGUUCAUGUGCUUUAAUGAAGACUUAUGCCAAAUUUGUUGACACUUUGUCUUGUGACCUCCCUUUUGUUUAUUCAUCCCCAGCAUUUCCUCUAUAAUUAUCUUUCUCUCUUUCUUCUUACUCUUAAUCUCCUCUCUCUCUAUUUGAUAUUUACCUCUGGUAAAUGGAAAUGUAAGAAUUAACCCCAAAUUCUACGACGGACCAACAUCUUGCAUGUAACUCCGACUAUUAUGUAAACACAUAGUAAUUUUCUCUUUUGAGCUCUCUUUUUUACAAUUACAUACCCUGCCACUCAUCUCGCCACUGGAUUAGUUUGUUUCAAAGGAUUCCUUCUCCAUCUUUUUCGUCGAUGUUUCCUCUCCGAUUCCUCAAUAGUAUGCAUAUUUAAAAACACAUCAUGAGUUCAUGCAAAUUACCACGAUCAGCUCUUUCAGUGGUUGGAUAUGUACCAUACAUUGAAUUUUUAGA